AAGUGCCUUCCCGAGAUGCCCGAGACAGAGCUGCACGUGAAACAGUAUUAUGACCCCAACCUUCCAUAUCCGGGCACGGUGCUGGUGGACAUCAAGCCCUGGGCAUUCAUCGUCAACUGCACGGGACUAGAGCUCAGGUUGCUCACGGGUGACCACGGCAUGUGGACUUUAGCCCAGGAUCAGGCAUUGGCACCACCACCACUUUAUGACCCCUUUUUUCUGGCUGUUGAGGAAAACGGCACACUUCACUGCUCCCUGCGCCCCCUGCUGGUGGAUCCCUCCUACCUGCUUCAGAAGAGGAAAGGUAGCGCACCACCCGAUGACCUGGACGCUGACCUACUGCACCUGUCGGUGCCCACACCCGUGUCCAUAUAUUAUGACUACCCCGACUCUGCGUCGUUCACUGUCUGUCGGUUGAUUGCCCUGGCGCACGACUUCGAGGGAUGCCUCGUGGUGACGUUGAGGUCGGCCGUCUAUCUUAGCAAUCAGACGGAUUUGCCACUGGCUGCUGCCGGCUUCACGACAAGAAUGGCUCUGAACAACCCGACACAAGCUUGGACUGGUGUCAUGGAAGUGGUAGCAGAGUGCUCCCUACCACCCGACUGCCAUCAAAGCCUUGGCACUGUUCCCCUGCUCUUCUGGAACGGAAGCAACGGAGUUGACGACACGGAAUUGGACGAAGCCGUGUACGGCCGCCUGCUGGUCAGCCUGGCUCUAAAUCGUGUGUCUUCUGAGGGUGAAAGGAGGCUGUGGAGCUUCCCUCUGAACUUGGAAGUGCAAAACAAGAACAUUCGGUGCUCGACGUCUGUUUUCAAGGCCGUCAGGUCGUCCUACGUGACCCUGCCCCUCGUGGUGACCUGUCACUCGAGGGGCGGAAGCGUGUAUCUCGUCGUCGCUCGAGACUCCAAUCCUCUGUUGCGCAUCUCUAAUGCCACACGUGCCACGCUCGUGCUUGCCGAGAACAGCCCCACAAAAGAUCAGUGGCUGCUGCCCUCGGUGGGACCUGGUUGCUCCGUGCACUUCACGCCUCCGAGCCUUCUCGCCUACUGCAAUGGCAUUGCCGGUGCAGCCGAGCCGGGAAACCCUUUCUUGCUGCUCGGCUGUGCUAGGGAGGUCGAGCCACACCCGGUUUAUUGGAGCAAUCCAGUGGCGUGCUUGGAUGUGGCCAACCAGUUCGUUCACAUUCCAGGCCUUGGAGACGUGCGAGUGUCAGCGCAAAGGGCUGGCCACACCACCCACUUGCUCGUGCAAGUCGUGAGCAGGGCAGAGGUGUCGGCAAAAGAGAUCCGCAGCCGCAUAGGAGAAGUUCAGCCUGCCACCGAUGUGGAGGUCCGUGGAACGCCCGACGGAAUGUCUGCCGACAGUAUCCUGGCCAUGUCGGACGAAAGCCACGUGCCUGUCGUGCCGGCCGAAGACUUCCCACCACUCUCCCCCCUUUACCGCUCCCUGCGCUUUGCCUCGGUCAACAUAGACGAGCUCUGCUUCGUGCUGAGCGACAACAGCGAUGUCGCUGACCACAAGAAGUGCCUGCAGGAAGUAGUUCGCCUCAGUUUGGACUCUGUGUCGUGCGCCUGUCGACCGAGAGCCGCACCUCCUGCAAUGCCAAUGGGAAACAAUCAACCAGACGCCUUGCCUGCCAUUGUCUACGACAUCUUUACAUUCAUUGGUGGCAUACAGGUUGACAACCAGCUCUCCCAAGACGAGUCGUCCAAUGAAGUCUACGACUUCCCCGUCGUCUUGGUGCCUAGGGACGAUACUCCGUCAACAGAGGGCGCGUCUUCAUGCCAAAACGCCGUUGCAUCGCUGACGCUGUCGAUCGAAAUUCUCCGUGAUGGUCGCCUGACUGCAGACUCGCUGACAAUCAAGUUCUCUCCACUUUCUCUGUUUUUGGAGGACACACUGCUGUACAGGCUGGCCCGCAUGUCCAGCUUUGUGCGCCCGGCCUGGCACUGCGCGCCUCUCUCAGCCGGUCGCGAGUCCCGCCUUCCCCAGGAGGUGGCAGAUGCAUCGCAGGCUCUGAUGCGAACAGUGCCAGUGCGGGAGAUCGUGCUGGAGCCCUUGGCAGUGCAGCUCAGCAUACACGCCUCGCUGAAGCUGUACUUGUCCCUGAACGGGACGCCUCUGAGCUUCACACGAUUCAGCCGGAGGAACCUCGUGACGGGCUGCUACCAGCUGGGCCACCUGUUGACACGGCACUAUGUCACGGGGGCUCUGCUCAGGGCAGGUUGGGUUGUAGGCUCUCUGGACCUACUCGGCAACCCUACAGGCCUGGUGCGUGCGCUAGGUUCCGGAGUGUCGGCAAUGGUGGUGCUUCCGUACAGGGGCUUGGCACAGGGCCGACCCUGGGCUUUCUUUAUGGGCAUAUCACACGGGGCGUCUGCCAUGUUGCGUCACAUCUCCUCAGGAGCACUGAGUUCCGUGACACAGCUUGCCACCAGUGUAUCUCGGAAUCUGGACAGGCUCUCCUUGGAUCCGGAACAUCUUGCCUGGAAGGAAUCGCUUCGCACUGGCCCUUCGGCAGGCAUCAGCCAGGGGCUGUCAACACUUGGAAUCAGCCUGCUAGGAGCUGUGGCUGGCAUUGUGGACCACCCAAUGCAAGCCCUAAUUCACGAGGAGAGCAGAGGGCCGACUGGAUUCGUCAAGGGCGUUGGUCGUGGCCUUAUGGGUGCCGUAGCCAAGCCAAUCAGUGGUGCCGCUGAACUCGUGGCCCAGACGGGCAAAGGGAUUCUUCAAGGUGCAGGUUGGGCAGAUUUCACACAGCGCAGGCACGAACCUCGGGCAGUGUCCUUCGACAAUGCACCCUGUUCGGAGGCGAGGGUUCGAAGCAUUCUGCCCGGCCAAGAGCUGCUGCUAGUGCUGCAUGUCCAUCUGAUGUCCGAGGAGAGCACCAACCAACCUUUAAUUCUCGUGCUCACUCAACAGUGUCUCUGCCUACUGAGCAAGACUGACGGCACGCUCGAACGGUGUUUCUCCCUGGCCGAGCUCUUGUGCACCGGUCCGCCCAACGAUCCCGCGUGUGUGGUCGUCGACCUCGGACCACCGCAGUCAGGGAUGCUACUGGAAGAGAUGGCGAGUCGGGCCAGAGUGCGAGUCGCGGAGUAUGUGACGCACACGUCGUCGUACCCUCUGCCGCCAUCGGCGCAGGACUGCGGCGACUGCAGCACACCGCAAAGUGCACCCGGUGUUGCCUACCAGUUGCGUCUCGUGCAGCCAGCUAUGAGGCCUCUGUUUCUGGCCCGCUUUCACCAAGUCCAGAAGGCAUCAUUGGGCAAAGGCUUUCACAGCUUUCUGCACACAUAGCCACAACCCAGCAGCAGCCCUUACAAUUAAGAUAUAUAAUCUAAUUUCAUGGGACGGGCCUCCUACAGAAAGGAAAAAAGGCGGUGUGUACAGUAUUUCCACAGUGGUACACCUGUUGGUUUUGUUAUUGUUGAACAGAAGCACAAGCGAUACGAACCUGCCGACCAUUGAUCACAUUCUAUUCAGUUUUAUUAGAUAGCGCAUUUAAGAGGGCCUACGCAUAAGCUAUAUUUUCUGGACUUCGUAGCCACACAAGUUGUGCCUAGUCAACCAAAGUUAUAAUACUGCGUGCCUGGAACAUUUUUUCAUAACUUAAUACGACCAUUCCAAGCCCUGCUGUUAAGGCAGGGAUGUACAUAAAUAUUUUUUUUUAUGAGUGGUGCAAUAAAUCGAAUGUUUUCUAUCAUAAAUUCUCUCGUGC